AUGGCAUCGACGACGACAGCAGCAACGACGACGGAAUCCGGCGACCAUGCGGACACGGCGAUUAUCGCUAUCAAUAUCGUCCUGGCGGUCAUAUCGACCGUCACCUGUGCCGGACGAUUCUGGGCGCGGAAGCUCACGGGAGUAGGAUGGGGACUCGAUGACUGGCUGGCGCUGGCCAGCUUGGCCGUGAACCACGCCUUCUGCGCCGUCACCGUCGAGGCCACACUCAAUGGCGGUCUGGGCCGGAGCAUCGUGGUGGUCAUGGCCGAGGAUCCAAUGCAAUUGGUCACAUUUUUGAAGUGCGUCGUCGCGGCUGAAUUCUGCUACGGUUUCUCGUCGCCUCUAAUCAAGCUGUCCCUUCUGACCUUCUACUGGCGUGUCUUUCCCACGGAAUUCAUGAAGAAGGGCAUCUACGUUUUAUCAGCAGCAUGCAUUGGCUGGCUCAUCGCCAUUUUCAUCACCAACUGUGUACAGUGCAUUCCUCUCUCGUACACCUGGGAACAGACUACCGACCCCGGAGCUGGGACUUGCAUUGAUCUGAUCCUCUACUUCGUUGGCAACUCGAUCGCAAACAGCUUGAUCGACGUCUUGACGCUGGUGCUGCCAAUUCGCGAGACCAUGAAGCUGCAGGUUAGCUCGAGAAAGAGGGUGGGCAUCUGCUGUGUUUUUGCCCUGGGCAGCAUUGUCGUGGUUGCCAGUCUAGUGCGUUUCGGCUCUCUGGCCUCUCUGGCCUCAAUCGGCGUAACGGACAUGACCCAGCAAUACGCCCUCAUGUGGACAGCCACCGUCGUGGAGAUCUACGUCGCCAUCAUCGGCGCCUGCGCAGUCACCCUCGUGCCCGUGUACCGCAAGAUGCGCUACGGCACGCCCUGGUCGACCCACGACAUGAAGUCCAACCAGAUCGCGUCGAAUCAGGGCGCCUUCGCGGGCACGGGCGGCGGCGGGUCGCGGCCUAGGGUUCACCACAACUUCAAGCGCUCCGCGAACCACGAGCGCCUGAGCACGAGCAACGACUCGGACGAGUACCUGAACCACGGCAGCGGCAUGACGUACUCGGUGUCUGGAGCGACCAGUGCCAAGCGCGAGGAGUUCGGGGAUGAUGUGCCCAUGGAUACUAUUGUUGUCCAGAGGGAUGUUACUUGGGAGGAGGAGCGGAAUUUGAACCCGAAGGUAGAGAUCGACUAUGCCAACAUCACUGGACGGAUCAACGGCAAUAUCAAGGAAUUCCUGGGCAUCCCCUUCGCCUCUGCCGGCCGCUUCGAGCACUCGCAGCUCUACACUGAGCAGCUGGGCGAGUUCGAUGGCAGCAGCUAUGGCCCCAUCUGCCCGCAAAAGACGACUGCGUCGAUCCUGUCCAUGAACUCCUCCAGCAGCCUGAUCUUGGGCGAGGCCGGCACGGCAAUUGGCCCCGUCGUCGGAUCCCUGGCCGACACCGUCUUCAACACCAUCGGACAGACCCGCAGCGAGGACUGCCUGCUCAUCAACGUGCAGGCGCCCGUCGAUGCCACCAAGGGGGACAAGCUGCCCGUGGUGAUCUGGAUCCACGGCGGUGGGUAUGAGGUCGGCAGCCCGUUCACUGCCACCAGCGAGACGGACGCCAUCCGCGGCACCGUGCCGAAUUACAACGUCGGUGGUCUGGUGCGGACCUCGGUCGACCUUGACCAACCGAUUGUUGGCGUGUCGGCUAACUACCGCCUCAACGCCUUCGGUUUCUCUGCGUCCAAGGAGAUGGAGGAGGCCGGACUGCUCAACCUUGGACUUGAGGACCAGAGGGUUGCCAUGCAGUGGGUCCAGGAGCACAUUGCUGAUUUCGGCGGAGACCCGGACCAGGUUGUUAUUAUGGGCGAAUCCGCUGGCAGCUGGUCCGUUGUGGCGCAUUUACUGUGGGAUGAGGGCGAGGGCGCAACUGAUCUCUUCCGCGGCGCGAUGGCCUUGUCUGGCGGACCGGUCAUGGUUGAGAAUGCCGAGCGUGCUCAGCCGUUUUUUGACCACAUGGUCGAGAGAACGGGAUGCAACAGUGCCACGGACAAGAUUGCCUGCUUGAAGGAUGCCGACUUCGACGACAUCAUGGCGUCCGUCAACGACGAGGGAAUGCUUCUUGGACCUCGCUCCCUGGCCUCGACAUGGACCAUCCGCCCCGACGGCAAGCACCUCAAGGACUCUCCUCACCGUCUGGCUGCCGCCGGUAAGAUGGCCUCAGUGCCCCUGGUCACAGGCGACAUGCGCGACGAGGGCACCCUAUUCUCCCUGCUCGCCCAACUCGAGACCCUCACAGACGACGACUUCGCCAAUUACUUCAAGGACAUCUGGUGGCCCAAGGCCACCGACGCCGAGAUGGCCGGCCUCAUGGACCUCUACCCCUCGGACAUAACCCAGGGCUCCCCCUUCGACACCGGCAUCCUCAACGCCGUCACCCCCAACUUCAAGCGCCUCGCGGCAGUGGUGGGCGACUUCAGCUUCCAGGCGCAGCGCCGCAACCUGCUGGCGCACUACAACACCUCGGAGCAGGCCGUCUGGAACUAUGUGACGGACGUCAGCAUCCCCUCGGCCGGCCUGCUGCCCGACCUGGGCGUCCUGACGCACCUGCCCGUGCUCGGCUCGUUCCACGCCUUCGACGUCUGGUUCUACAUGUUCGCGGGAUUGCCGUACGCACUGAGCGAGAACACCAAGGCCUAUCAGGCUACUGCCAUCUCGUUUGUCCGCACUCUGGACCCGAACAACCACGGUUUGGAUCUUGCCGACUGGCCGAGGUAUUCUGAGGGUGAUCUGGAGACGUACAACUUCAAGGAGAGCGGGCCCGAGGUGGUUAAGGAUGACUGGCGUGUUGAGGCCAUGCAGUUCAUUAAUGACCACCCUGAUUCCUUCUUGAUCUGA